UUUCUCUCUCUUCAAGAACGGAGAGGUAGGACUCAUACAUAUCACCGCCGUACGGCGCGGAACAACGCAGUUGGUCCCUGUACGAACAACCUGUCUAGAAACCCCUGUCGUAUCUUUAACCCUCACCUGCAGUCGCUGGCGUCAUAAGAACUGAGAAGCACAUCUCAUUCUUCCCCAAUGUCCGACACGCUUGAACCACCCGCGAAACGGGCGCGCUAUGAUGAACCCGAUGGCGACGUGCCGGGCUCGCCUGUCGAUGAUAUGGAUGACGAUUUUUACGACGAUACGGCUACGGCGGUUGAAGCUGCACCGCAUUGCGUAGAUGCUGCAGACGCUGCUCAAUCAUCUGCUGCUCCACCCGAUGUGCCUGCAAACACCACUGCUCUGCACCUUCCUGGCCUCACUCUCUGGAACGAUAGUGCCGAACAAAAGCCAUCUUCGGAACACACGCGAUUAGGCGAUGUUGAUGCGUUUGAGGAUGGCGAAGUUUCCGAUUCAGAAUCGCUGUACAAUGGGACGAAGUCGAUGGAGGUGGUGCCCGCUCCUACUUCCGGCGAGACGGCUGAAGCGGGCCAGACGGGCGCCCCAUACACUUCCUAUGGAGAAGUGCCUACCAAUGAAGCAAAGGCGGAGACAAUAACUGCACAGGAUUCCAAUGCGAUCGAUGAGGGCAAGGCAGAGUUCCUCCGUGCCGCGGAGGCCAACAAAGGGAAUGCUGAAGCCGAGUGGCAGCUAGAUUCGGAACAGUCGGACUCAUCUUCGGAUUCAUCAAGCGAAGACUCUGAUGACAGCGACGAGGAAGAGUCAGACGAGGGCGAGCUUCUAGAUCCUGAAGAGCAAGUACGACGGCUAAUGAUGGAGGCUGGGGAUGAGCCAGGUGCUAGUGGUCCCAUCAAAGUCCGCACGGCCAACGAGGUGGUAGAAGUCUUCGAGAAGCCGGAUAUCACGGUCACCGAAGAGACAAAGAAGACAGAGCUGGGAACGGUGGAGUCAAUCGUUGACAACAUGGUAGUCAUCAAGGCAAACACAUCAGGAGACGAACGGGUCCUCGAGUCGGGCUCAGCUCUGUGUCUAGCGGACGGCACCGUCAUUGGAAAGGUUGCCGAGACACUGGGCCGCGUUCAGGAGCCGAGAUAUUCGGUAGGGUUCAAUGACGCAGCCGAAAUCGGAAAGUUGGGCAUCACGAAGGACACGACGAUCUACUACGUAGACGAGCACUCGACCUUUGUGUUCACGGAACCUCUAAAAUCGCAGAAAUUCACAGACGCCUCCAAUCUCCACGACGAAGAAGCGAACGACGUGGAAUUCUCCGACGAUGAAAAAGAGCAAGAGUUCAAGAGGCGGCAGAAGGAGUUGAAGAGGGCAAGGCAGGAGGCAAAGGUGGAAGCGGGUCAGGAGUCGACAGAUAAGCUUGCAAACCCGGCCAACAACGGUGUAUCUUCCAUACCCCAACCCGCGCCGUAUACUGGAGGUGGCCUCAACUAUGGCAGCGAUGACGACGACGACCUUGGCAUGUAUCGACCUCUCGCGCGUCCCGAGCAUUUCGAGGAUAUUGUUGGCGCCGGCGCUCCGCUCGAGGAUCGAAGUCACGUGCGCAGAGGAAACAUGCGAGGGCGGGGUGGAUGGCCGGAUAGAGGUCGUGGGUUCCGGGGACGAGGAGGAGGAGGAGGGCCAGGACGGGGCGGGCCAGAUGCUGGUGGGCGAGGAAACUUCCGUGGCGGUUUGCGUGGUCGAGUUCCUACGGGUCCAGCUUCACAUCAGAUUCCGGCAGGGCCAUCGGACCGUGGCGGGAGACAUCAUGACAACGGCCAUCGCGGUCGCGGCGCUCCUCACAAGGGGAACAGGGCGGCGUCGUCAGCAUCGCCCAACCGCCAGGGCCGUGGCAAGUCGCCGAACCCACCGGGCCGUGGUGGAAGAGUGCAGCAACAGGCAUCUCCCUCUCGUGGCCAUCGACCUGGGCGCAAGAAGGACCGGCAUGCCGCGUCGCCCGCAAACGCUCCAGUGUCUCCGGUUCCCGUGAGCACGACCAGCAGCGCCUACGCACAGAAUGCAACGCUCAACAGCGGUAGCUGGGCUAUGCCUCCAGCGCCCGUUACGCCGCAACCGCCGUACCCGUACGGCGCACUGCAUCCUACGAUUCCGGCAGGCGCAUAUCUCAAUCCCACGUUCUAUGGGCAGCCUGCAGCCGCCAGCAAUCCGCAGCAACCACCACAACCGAACAUGGCAGAGCAGUGGGCACGUUGGUUCCAGGUAGCGGCAGCCAUGAGCCAGAAUCCAGCGCAGGCGGCGCCCCAGCCCGCUCCGUCUGCCAGCGUGCCACAACAGGCGAAUGCGCCUCCAAAUGGGACUUCAUCAUUAGAGGAUAUCUUACGGGUCCUUGGCCGGGAAGGACCUCAGUACCGGUGAGGAUCAGGUUUUGUGUACGAUUUCGGCGUCGCAUCCUUUUAUUCGAUAUGGCGGCAUUCGACGG